AGGCAUUUAACAUGUGUUGUAGGUGAGGGUAUAUUUCUGUGUAAUGAUGAUUUCUAAUUUCAACAUGAUUCUGUCUAAAUUAAGUAAAUUCGUGUGCAUAUUUUGGUUUUAAGACGUCUAAUUUAGUUCGUUAAACACUAUAGAAAAGAAAGUAUUAAGGAAAAGAUUGUGUUAUGCAUUCGAAAGUAAGUCGACAGAAGCAGUUCAAUAAAAUUCUCCAAUAUGUUCGAAAAUUUGAGUGUUUUACAUCAAAGUCAACAUUAUAUUGUGGUUAAUAAGGAACCAGAUAUUGUUAUUAAUACUGAUUUUCCAGAAAAACAUCCUUUGACAUUAGAAAAUCAACUGUUCAAGUGUUUUCCUCAUUUAGUUGAUGGAAAAUUUCGAUUUUGUCAUCGUUUGGAUUACUCUACUAGUGGAGCGAUCUGUGUGGCUAUCUCUAAACAUGCAGCCAGAGAGGCUUCCAAGGCUUUUGAAAAGAGAACUGUAGAAAAAUACUAUUUGGCUCUUGUACAUGGCCAUGUGAAUGAAGACUUGUUUGUGAUUGAUAGAAUGAUAGGGAAUGAUACACGCGUGGAUUUCACUCACCGCAUGUGUACCUGUGAUAAAUCAUAUUGUGAUAACCCCAAAACGUCUGUGACAGUUGUGCUGGUACUCCAACGUGGUCUGUACAAUUGCAACUGUCCUGCAACUAAAGUCAUGAUGAAACCAAUCACAGGUAGAAGACACCAAUUGAGGGUGCACUGCCACGAUAUAGGUCAUACUAUAAUUGGUGACUACACUUACAGUGACCGACAGGAUGUGAUGCCUUAUCGCAUGUUUCUGCAUUCAUAUAGACUGGUCAUUCCUUCUGAUCUGGAACACAUUGAUGUUAUUACUGAUGAUCCUUUUACUAGUGAAAUAGAAGAAAAUAAAUGGUUGCCAUUAGAAACAGUCAAUAAGUUGGAUAAACAUGUCUUUGAUAAAAUAAAGUAUAUUUCAUGAGAUUCUGUUUAGAAUCUCAUGAAAUAUACUUUUAUAUAAUGUUUUAAAAAUGUUUUAUAUAAAUUAAAGCCAAUUUAUUGUUGUGUAUAACAUCUUAUUAAAGGGAUAAAAAAAUACAUUGUAAAAAUAAAACUAUUAUUGAACUUAAGAAGGAUAAAAAAAAAAGAACAAAUAUUUCUGAGAAUUUCCACUUCAGAUGAUUUUUAGACUCAAACACUUAAAAUUAUUGAAAUGAUUGAUUUAUCCAGAUGAGUAAAUCAUUCCAAACUGGAAAUUUGUAUAUUUUUCCAGUAGUUUAUUAGUAGAAAAGAUAAAUGUUUUUGAACAGUUUGAAUGCCCUGCCUCAGGUCCAUUAUCACUGUUCUGUUUAGAAUAAACUUUGUAAAUUGAAUACAGGUAACUGACCUGAGGCAGACAGUCAAACUGUUCAAAAAUGUUUCUUUUGUUUUUUCCAGUGGUUAUUUAGUAGAGAAAGUUAGUAGAUUGAUACACUUAUCCAGAUGUUGGAAUAAUACCAAAAUUUUUAAUUUAAUUAUAUUGACACUUCUCAAUAUUGAAGAUCAGAACAUGUUAAAAAGAUUUUUGAACCACUUCCUUUCUUCCAAAAUAUGAGAUACUUUCCCAUAGAAAGUCUUCACAGGAAACAUACCCCUUUGG